UUGAUAGAAGGACAACUUUCACCGGUUCUUCCCACAAUCAAAGCAUCUACCGGAGGAUGUGACUAUGUUAGUGUGCACACUGUUGCCCAGUUGAGUCGCGGAGAGUACAAAAGGAAGAACAUUAGUUAUACGAUCAUCGACUGCCGCUACCCGUAUGAAUAUGAAGCUGGUCACAUAAAAGAUGCUAUAAACUGUCAUUCGUGCAGCGACCUGGCUAAGGAGAUUUUCAUGAACACUCCUGCCGUUUCAUUUGACAAGGACCAAGUAUUCCUGAAUCUGGGUCCUCAUAUUGAAGAAAUGCUACAAGGGCAAAACGAAGAUGUGGAGAUGCCUUCAGUACCAAAUUUCAAAAUAUCGGGACUUUCAAAGGAUCCUGAAUUGGAUAAAAUUUUGAAAGAGUUGGCCAAAGCCGAAAUGUCUGCGGACGAUGAAGAGGUUCCCGUAGAGUCUGUUCCUGAAACGAAUCCAGGUGCGCAACCUUCACACGUAUUCAUUUUUUAUUGCGAAUUCUCAUCCCAGCGGAGCCCAGAAUUGUUGCGCUUCCUGCGUAGUGUGGAUCGCAUUGUCAACUUCCCCCAUUACCCCUUUCUCUUCUAUCCUCAAUUGUAUUUGAUGAUGGGUGGUUAUGAGGCCUUCUACAAGAAUUAUCCCGAAUUGUGCGAGCCUAGGUCCUAUCUAAGGAUGUUUGAACAUCAAAAUAGGGAUGAAAUUCUCUAUUACGUCAAAUUAUCCAAAGAAAUUGCGGAUACUUGCAAUGCCUCUUUCAAAGCUUCUCAACUAACCAGGCUUGGAAUACCUCCCUUUGUGAAAAGAAAGGAAAAUGAAAAUAAGCCGAUCCUUAGACAGGUGAAAAGCAUGCUUCGUAAGUUUCUACACUGA